AUGCGCGCGUCCAUCGUCCGUCUCGCCCGCGUCCCAAACAUCCACUUUGUCGGCAAGCGCCAUGUGGUGCCUUCGUCCGCACACACGCCCGCCGCGCACCCCGCCGCGCCUAAAGACGUGACCAACUGGGCUGCCUUCCUGAAAAAGUCGCACCCCGGCGGCGUGGCCGCCGCCUCGAGCAGCGCGGGCGGCAACAUCCCCCUCUACCCCGCGUCGUCCAAGCCCGCAGACUUUGACAACUUCUGGGAGGCGCCCGCGUAUUACUGGCAGAGGCCGGAGCUGAGCGAGCGGGAGAUUGAGGCGGUCAUGUCUGGCGGAGCCACCGACAUCCGCACUGGCGCAUAA